CUUUGGUUGCGAAGCGCAAGCUCGAGCUUUUUCCCCUUCGAACACUCGCCCUGUUGUCCUUUUGAGACAGUAUAAGUGUCUAGUGGGAAAUUUAGUGAAAGAUCUUUAAUUUCUGAUUCUUUACGUUGUACUGAAAUCAAACAUUUAAGACAAAAACCCGAUAAAAGUGCAAAUAACAUAUUUCCGAAUUGUGUAAGUGAACUGUGAUUGGAAAGAAAAUUAAUUUAAACCAAAAAAAACCAAAGUGAAUUUAAAAUGAGUACUCCGGUCAAGAAGGUGCCAAUUCAUCUCCAGAGUGCAGCAAACAGAUUGCUGAUAAAGAAUGGAAAAGUUGUGAAUGCAGAUGGAAUUAUUGAUAGUGAUAUUUAUGUUGAAGAUGGAAUUAUCAAACAGCUUGGGCGUAACUUAAUAAUUCCUGGGGGCACUAGAACGUUAGAUGCUCGUGGAAAAUAUGUGAUGCCUGGAGGUAUUGAUCCCCAUACUCACUUCGAAUUAGAGCUUAUGGGUGCCACAUCAGUGGAUGACUUUUAUCAAGGGACUAAAGCUGCAGUAGCUGGUGGUACAACAAUGAUUAUGGAUUUUGUUAUUCCUCGCAAGGGAGAAAGCAUUCUCGAAGCUUAUGAGAGGUAUCGUGCCACUGCUGAUGAGAAAGUCUGUUGCGACUAUGCACUUCAUGUUGCUAUCACUAGUUGGAGCCCAAAGGUGAAAGAAGAAAUGAUGAUACUUGCCCAAGACCAUGGAGUUAAUAGCUUCAAGAUGUUUAUGGCAUACAAAGAUCUUUUCAUGCUACGUGAUCCAGAAUUAAUUGAAGUAUUCACAUUUUGCAAAGAGCUAGGAGCUGUUGCUAUGAUACAUGCUGAAAAUGGCGACAUUAUUGCAGCGAACACGAAGAGAUUACUUCAAGCUGGAGUAACAGGUCCUGAGGGACAUGAAAUGUCACGCCCGGAAGAAGUUGAAGCCGAGGCUACAAAUAGAGCUUGUGUAAUAGCCAAUCAGGUAAACUGUCCGUUGUACGUGUCAGCGGUGAUGAGUAAAUCUGCGGCCGACGUGAUAUCCGCAAAACGUUGUGAAGGUGGUAUUGUAUUUGGUGAACCAACUGCUGCGAGUGUAGGCAUUGAUGGUAGUGAACAAUUUGGAAAAGACAUUGACAAAGGCCGUCGUUUUGUUACUUGUCCUCCUCUUCGACCAGAUCCUACUACGCCUGCUUACUUGAUAGAAAAGUUAGCUGAGGAUGGACUACAAUGUACUGGUAGUGACAACUGCACUUUCAAUGCCGACCAAAAGGCUCUCGGUAAAGAUGACUUCUCUAAGAUUCCAAAUGGUGUUAAUGGAGUCGAAGACAGGAUGUCUGUUGUCUGGGAGAAAGGAGUUCAUGCUGGAAUUAUGGAUCCAAUGCGAUUUGUGGCUGUUACCAGCACUAAUGCUGCUAAAAUAUUUAACUUGUAUCCAAGGAAAGGAGUUAUUGCUGUUGGAUCUGACGCAGACAUAGUAGUUUGGGAUCCAAGCAGAAAAAGAAUUAUUUCUGCCGAGACUCAUGUUCAAGCUGUUGACUUUAAUAUUUUUGAGGGGAUGGAAAUUAAUGGAGUUCCCGAGUAUGUAAUCGUUAACGGACGCGUUUGCGUAGACAAUUGUGAGUUGAAGGCCGUUCACGGUUAUGGGAAAUUCAUUGAAACAGCUCUGCGUCCACCCUAUGUUUAUGAAAUGAUUGAAGACAGAGAAAAGAUGCCCAGAGGAGUUGCGAGAACGGCUGCUGAAGCUAAAAGAUUUGCUGAAGAGGAUGCAGCAUUAGCUAAAGCAAGAGAAGCCGCUAGAGCUGCUGCAGCUGCUAGAGCACAGUCUAAUCAAACUAAUGGAACUCAUGAAGCUAUUCGUAGACUUAAAAUUCAAGAAAUUGAUUGCACGCCAACAUUGCCUGAUUCUGCUGUUGUUACUCCUUCAGCUAAGGGACCACGUUUAGAAGGACAAAGGAAUCUUCAAGAUUCAACAUUUUCUAUCAGCGAGGAUAUUGAUGAAGCUCGACGUGCUUGUAUUCGUGUGAAUAAUCCACCAGGUGGUCGCAGUGCUGGAGGAUUUUGGUAAUUUUUAAAUUCAGCUAAAAGGCUUGCUUUUGCGCGGGUAUUUAUCCAAUAAAGAAAUCUAAACAAAGUUUAAUGAAAACAAAAAUAUUUAUAAAUAAAAGAAUGAUCCUAUCACGCUCCUCAUUUACACAAAUGAUAUCCUUCUCAUUCAUUUUCAUCUCUUUAUAAUCAUCCCAAAUCCUGGGGAAAUUAUUUCGCUUUCAUUUUCGCUACUCACCAAAUAUUAUUAAUACAUAUUUAACUAUCUACUAAUAAAUAAUGUAAUAAACUCAUCAAGGUCUGUAUCACCGUCGGAAAAUCGCAAGAAUCAAUAGACAAUUAUGAAUCAUUAUUUAUUGAAAUAUAUCUAUUAUGCUUAUAAACUGCUUUUUCAUUUAUAUACAUAUAUAUUAAUAAAUGAAUCAAUUCAACAUUCAGACACAUACUAAACAUUUCUGCGUAAUUGCUCGUAAUAUCCAUUACUCAUUAAUAUUCAUCAACAAGUAAUAUUAAAAUUCAUUAGGUGUUAGUUUAAUUUAUUUAUAACAAUAGUUAAUGUUUAUAUAUUAUGUGAAGUAUGAAGAAUGGAAAUGAUUCUGAUUAAGAAAAUUAUUAUAUACAUUCACAAGAGGCUAAUAAAAUAUAAAGUAUACAAUAUGAUAUUCAGACUGCUCUAAAAUAUAAUACAAUAUUAGAUAAUAAUAAAAAGAAGUUUAUGGGUAUUAUUUAAUGUUAGCUUACAAAUCAAUAAUUUUAAGCACUUGAUCAGUUAAAGUAUUGUUAUAAAAAUAACUGUGUUUCGUUUUCAUUUCAUUAUGAAACAUUGAUAUAAAUGAUGAAACAAAUUUCGUUUGAAUGUUUCGUAUAAAAUGUGUGUUACGAUUGACGAUUUUUAGAAUAAGUUAACUAUAUCAAUGAAUUUUAACGCACAAAAAUUUAAUACAAAUGGAUUGUGUAAUAACAAAAGAAAUUAAAGUUUUUGACGAUUUAUGGUUUAAAUAAUAUUUAUUAAAGUGUAAUGUUAUAGAAUGAAUUACGACUAUUACUGUAUAAUUGUUUAUUAACAUUCAAUUUAUUGAAUAAUUGUCAUUUAAAGAUGUCUUAUGACGAUAUUGUUUUUUUUUCAUGUUAAAAAUUUAUAUUAAAAAAUAGUUCAAUUAGUAUCUUGUUUUGUUGUUUGUAUUUUAUCUAUACACACGAUAAUAAAGUGAGCAUGAUAAUAAAAUACAAGUCAUCAGAAAGUAUCAGACGUAUUUCAAUUUAGAAUAAAUUGAAAUACAGAAAUAAUAUCGGAAAAUAAUUGUUUGGAGUUUAACCAAUGAAUAAAUGGAAAAUUUUAAAAUCAA